CCAUAAUUAGCGCAUCUGUCAUGAAUAAUUAUAUGAUUCCUCAAUACUAAUGCCAAAAAACACGAACUGCAAAACUGCAUUCAUUUCUGCCCCUCUCUCUUUUUUCUCUCUCUCCAAAAUCAAUCAAUCACACACAACACAAUUCCAAAGCAAGACAAUGGAUGCUGUUAUUAGUGCCUCCGUUCAAGUGACAGUGGAGAAGUUACUUGCAUCCGCCACUUCAGAGUUGAGUCUGGUGUGGGGUUUCAAGAAAGACUUGACAAAGUUAGACGAUUCGUUGAAAAUGAUGGAUCGUGUCUUACAAGAUGCUGAGAAACGCGAAGUUAUCGAUGAGGCUGUCAAACUCUGGCUCAAGAAACUUCGAGAUGUUGCUUACGAUGCUGAUCAUGUUUUGGAUAAGAUCAACUAUGAAAAUAUGCGUCACAUGGUGGAGAUCCAAAACCAGACUAUCCAAAACCAGACUAAGAUAAUGGGAUGCUUAAACUUCUUUUCCUUUACCCCUCCUUUGGCAUUCCGAUGGAGAAUGGCUCGCAGGAUCAAGGACAUCAACGUCGACUUGAAAGUGAUCGAAAAUGAAGCUAAUACCUAUGGCCUCCAUAGAGUUGCUGACUUUGCUCCGUCUUUGCCUUCGGCCACGGAAACUGAUAGCAAAACUGUUGAUCCAAUUCUCAUUGGGAGACAAAAUGAUGAAUCUGAAAUUGUGCAACAGAUAACCAAAACAAAUGACGCAGUUAUUUCAGUCCUUCCCAUAGUUGGAAUGGGAGGACUAGGCAAAACAACUUUAGCUCGGUCGGUCUUCAAUCAUCCGAGCACACAAAGUCAUUUUGAUGAAACGAUUUGGGUAUGCAUCUCAAAAAAAUUUGAUGUGACGAUAAUUUUUAAAAGGAUUCUGGAAUGCUUGGAAGACACUUCUGAUGGAGACAAUAGGGAAGCUAUAGUGAAAAAGCUUGGAAAGAAAUUGGGAGGCAAAAAAUACUUACUUGUUCUUGAUGAUAUUUGGAAUGAAAAUAGACAACUUUGGGAUGAUUUCAAAAAUACCAUGGCUGGAGUUAACCCGAAUAAAGGAAAUGUCAUCAUGGUGACUACACGUGAUCUAAAGGUGGCAUAAAUUGUGAAAACUUACAGAGAUCCAUA